CUUUUAAGAUGCCGCUUCCCUUUUUGACUGAGCAGGAAAGUGGGCCAGCUAAACAGCAAAGAACGCAAGAUGAAGAUUAAUUUAUCCCUGGGCAAAAAAAGUACAGGCGAGGGAGCGGGACAACGGACGGGUAACGAGGAAGGCACAUCGACUGGGGCAUUGAAAAAGGGACGUCGGGAAGGUGAUCGAAAAAGCGAUAAAGAGGGGAGGACCACAACCAAAGAAAACAGUGUGAAGAAUCAAAUAGGGGAUUUUUUUAUGACCUCAGAUGAUGAAGAGGAACCGUACGAAUUGGAGAACAACCAAAAUAAAAAAAUAAAUGAAGAAAAAAAUAAACAAAUCAUUGAUCACACAGACAAGAAGAAGAAAAUUCGCUACCUGGGUUAUAGGGGCGACGAGUUGACGAAACUGCAUGAGGAUAGAGCGAACGGGUUGGGGGGGAAGAAGCAGUAUGGCCCGUGCUAUAAGGAACUGGGAGAAAGCAGAAGCGACCAUCGGGGUGAUGACAAAUGGGGGGAGAAACGAUCGAAGGAAUAUUUGCCGAAAUCCCCAAGUGGAAGAAAACACAGGGAGAGGGAAGACGCAGCUGGAGCCAAGGCCGAAGUGGAGAAGGAAAUCCGCAUAGAUGACAUAUUCAAUAAGAAGGAGAGCGACCAGAAGGGAAAGUCCAAAUACAUGGACGCCCUCAUCGGUAGCGCCAAACGAAGGGAAUUGGAAAGGGAAAUGUUGAUCCAAAAAAAACUCAAAAUUGAUACAUCCAAGGAAGAAAAAGUUUUUAUAACGAAAGCGUAUAAAAAAAAAAAAUGGAUAGGGAACUAAUUAUGAAGGAUAUGGAGCUGGAACACCACCAGGUGCAGGCUGAGAAUCGGCAGUCCAACUUCAACUUGAAUUUGUUUCUUAAAAAUAUAAAUGCACCGUCGAAUUAUAAUCGGUCGAAUAGG